AUGUUUCGCUUGCCGCCGCGACUAUGCGGGCAAUGCGCAAGCAAGAUCCUGAGACCUCGAUAUGCUUCCGCAGCAGACCUUCGAUUCGGCGAUAGCACACGAACAUACAUCUCGAGCACGCGACACAUAACACCGCGGAACCUCAGUUCACGGCAUACCAGCCUAAUCAUCCGACGCUUCCAGAGCCAGUUCGAACCUCUCAAACCACCCUCACCAUCGUCCUUAGGCAAGCCCCGCCAGCCCAAAGCAUACACCCGUUCGCGAAAAUGGCUACGGCGGCUGUUCAGAACCGCUGUAGCUGUCGGACUCAUAGGAGUUCUUGACCACUACUUCUACGACCGCUCUCUCGCCCGCUCGUUUCGCACGUUCUACACCGGCCUGAUCGUUGCGCUGGACUACAACAUCAACUUCCGCCCCGACCCGUGGAUUGGCGACAACGUGAACGACCUACAUUCGCGGAGCGCGAGGAGGGUCUUUGAGCUGUUGAGGGAGAAUGGAGGACUGUACUUGAAGAUAGGACAGGCGAUUGCUAUGCAGAGCGCGAUUCUGCCGCCGGAGUUCCAGAAGAUGUUCGCUCGCAUGUUUGACGAUGCGCCGCAGAAUGAUUGGGCGGAGGUGGAGCAGGUCAUAAAGGAGGACUUUGGGAAGAGUGUGGAGGAGGUCUUUGGGGUCUCGUUCGCCGGUGAUUCUUCGAAGGGUGUCAUGGAGCGGACGGCAAGAGCCAGCGCGAGUGUUGCGCAAGUACAUUGGGCACGACUCGCAGAUGGAAGGGAGGUUGCGGUUAAGAUUCAGAAACGCGAGAUUGCGAGACAGGUCGGCUGGGAUCUUUGGGCAUUCAAGGUUGUCACUCGGCUGUAUACGUGGUGGUUCGAUCUACCGCUGUACCAUCUGGUCCCAUACAUCACCGACCGCUUGAUGCUGGAGACGGACUUUCAAAACGAAGCUAAGAACGCAGGGAAGAUGCGAGAGCUGAUACAGGGCGAGCCGCGCUUGCGAGAUCGCGUCUACAUCCCGGAGGUCUACCACGAGCUGAGCAGCACGCGUGUCAUGACCGCGGAGUGGAUCGAGGGGAUACGGCUAUGGGACAAGGAAGGCAUCCAAGGGUCGUGGCAGGGCGGAUGGAGGAAAGGAUCUCCUGGUGCUGGCGGCAGACGGCUGGAUCCUCCUCCGCCAUCAGUCGCCGCAAGCGUGCCAACCAAUCACCCUAACGACGAGAAGCUCAAGCCAGUUCGUGAUGACUGGCGUGGUCCGAGGAAGAACGGAGGGCUGGGCUUGAGCUUGCGACCAGUAAUGCAGACCAUGGUCGACCUCUUCUCAGCGCAAAUGUUCCUUUGGGGACUUGUACACUGCGACCCACACCCAGGUAACAUAUUCAUUCGGAGGCAGCCAAGCGGCAAGCCUGAGCUCGUCCUGAUCGACCACGGCCUCUAUAUCCAAAUGGAUCCAAAGUUCCGGAAGGAGUAUGCGCAAUUCUGGCGCUCGCUAAUGACUUUCGACAACGCCACGAUCAACCGCAUAACCAAGGAGGAAUGGGGUAUCAACGCACCGGACAUUUUUGCCAGCGCUACUCUCAUGCGACCCUACGAAGGCGGCGAUCGCAAAACGAUUGACGAGCUUAGAGGCCUGAGCAAGCAAGAGCAGCGCCAACGACAGUUCGAGAUGCAGCAGAAGUCCCGCAAAGCCGUCCGCGAAAUCCUCGCUAACCAAGACAAGUUCCCGCAAGAACUCAUCUUCAUCGGCCGCAACCUUCGUAUUGUGCAAGGCAACAACCAAUUCCUCGGCUCACCUGUCAAUCGGGUCAAGAUUACUGGGACGUGGGCUUCGAGGGCGCUUGCAGAGGGCAAGGAUGCGAGUUUUGCGGAUCGAUGGAGGGAGUAUGGACGGCAUGUGCUGUUUAGGACUGUGCUGCUGAGCACGGAUGUGGUGUUUUGGUGGAGCAAGAUGAGGCAGUGGCUGGGGUUGGGGAAGGGCAUGGACGAUGAUAUUGAGGAGAGUAUGCGGAAGAUGGCUGGCAGCAUGGGUGUCGAACUUCAACACGGUGUCUUCGAGGGCUGA